GGAGUUAAACGAGGACCGUCGAGGCUUCAAGCCCAGCGCUGAUCAGCACUCAGUGAUGCAGGAGGAGGAGGAAGAGGAAGGAGGAGCGAACAGAGCAGCUGAGCCUUUCUGCUCUCAGUCUCUCGUCAGCGAGUGCCAGAGCAGUUUCCUUUGCUGUGCUUCCCUGAGAAACACACACACCAGAACGCUCUUCAUUGCUGGUUGGGGGAGAGUGCUAAAUCCGUUUCUCUCUCUCCGCCUGGAUCAUGCUGCCCUGGAAAAGGAGUAAGUUUGUGCUUGUGGAGAAUGAGUCCAAAAGCAAGCCAAAAAGUCUUGGAGCCGGGCUCACCUACCAUUCCCUGCUGUCGACUUUGCUCCACUCCUGUCCGGACCUCGUUCCUGACUGCCCGUUCCAGUGGCUGGGGAGCGUCUUCCACAGUAAACGGCAGAAAGUGGAGCUCAAUAAAGAGGAACCCACCUACAAGGUGCGUUACCUGGGCAGCGCGGUCACCAUCAUGGCUAAAGGUGACGACUGCACGCAGGAGGCGGUGGCCAAGAUUUGGACUCGCAGCAACUACGGCGAACAGAGCGCCAAGAUGAAGCUCACUGUCGGGCCGCAUGGCAUCCGCUUGGGGGCGGAUAGAGGUGGCAAAAGGAAGCCCGUCCACCUCUAUUCCCUCAACCGCAUCACAUACUGCGCAGCUGACCCCUUUCGGCCCAAGAUUUUCGCUUGGAUUUACAGGCAUCAGGUGAAGAAUAAAGCAGUGGUGCUACGCUGCCAUGCCGUCCUGUUGCCGAAGGCGGAAAAGGCCAGAGCGAUAGCGCUCAGCCUGUACCAAAACUCAAUGUCUGCAUUCACGGAGUUCAAGCGGCUGAAGCGCCAAUCUGACUUCCGCCAUUGCCAGCAGCAGCUGUUGGGUGAAGACAUUGUGCCUCUUAUGCCUCUUCGGAGACUCCUAAAUGGCCAAUGCCACUACCAGCCACCUACAGAAAAGCCUGGGAGUGCCACACGGCUCUCCUCGAUUACUGAGGAAGAGGAGGAGGAGGAGGAGGAGGAGGACCGACAGGGGGAUGCGCAGUCCAACAACACCACGACAAACACCGGCACAUCCAGUCCCCUUCCGGAGAAAGAUCUGGGGAAGAUCGUAAAUAGACUGGACGAGGUUUCGAUUACCAGCUGGGAUGAAGCACAGAUGACUAUCAGCACUCUGGUGUGAGGGUCACAUGGAUACAGUUUAGCGUCUUCACCACUGAGCCUCUGUCCUGUCGCCUUUCCUGCCAACCCAGUCUUGUCUGGUACGUCCAUCGAUGCACCGUGAAACAGCCCUCCGAAACUUGGGGUAAGGACCGUUGGCACCCACGAUGCUGCUUGCAGAGGAACUGAUCCAUGAGAUGCAUGGAGAGGGAGAGCCAGUACAAGCACAAUACAAGGAGGACCACAGGUACACCAAUCAUUUGGAGUUGGUCGAGAGCUUACACCGAAAAGCCUUUAUCUACCCCCGACAUCGAGCAAAGCUUAAACUGCACCCGAAGACAAUAAAGCAUUCAUCUCGUACUCACACCACCUUUUUUCUUUCUUUUUUUUGAGUACAUGCCAAGUGCUUUAGACUGACGGAUUAUUAGAAGGAACAUUAAAAUGUGACUUUUUGUACAGCCAGUCUGUCUUUUGAUGUUUGUAACUGUCCCCCGGUGACCUCUCUCAACAGGCUCAGCUUCAAUGGGAUGCGGUUAAAGCUGGUUUAUUGGCACUGGGAGCCGCACUAAUGAAUUAAACCAUAACUUAGGAAUCCAGUCGUUGACUUGACAUGUUUACUGCUACCAUUCGUCACAGCUCUGCUAAUCAGUAAUGAAUAACAAGUGGAGGCAUCACCUGUGAUGUUUAAGAUGGGCCUUUUAAAAUGUGUUUUUAAACGGUAUCAAUUUUACACUGUGAUUUGUCUGGGACCAAUGGCAGCCAUGCAUCUUGUGUUUAUACAAACGAGCAAUUGUAAUUUAUGCUGAAUUUGUGUUGGCGUAAUGUGUUAGUCAUAAAAACUCAUUUUUAUGCUGUUCACAUGAAGGUCGCAGCUUCCAUCUGUCAAAGCUAUGUGUUUUGUAAUUUCAGUGCAUUGUAUUAAUCUUCUGGAAACUGGGGAAAACCGUAAAACAUUUUUCUACUACUUCCAUCUUUUUCUGCACAAUGGGACACUGUCGGUGUGAAAAAUUGCCAGAUGUUGCAUAAUAAAAUGUUUGCUUAUAUUAAUCAUGAA